AUGUGUAAUAUAAAAAUGAAUAACGAUAAAGAGACCUGCAAUUUCGCUAGGGCGAAUAACUUUCGCUCGGCGUUUCGGCCGAACGUCUGCGGAGGGUCGACUUCAAGACCAUGCAGUGGUAGCGGUGACCCCAACGGCAACCCCAACGGCAGCGGACAAUUGGCGACCGAUGGAAACGACGUUGGCGGCGAUAGUUACGAAAAGGAUGUCAAAACGAAGAUAUUGCAAUCCUCUCUGCAGCACGUUCCCCGACACGGAUGGUCCAGGGAUACCGUGGCCGCAGGCGCCGAAGAGCUCGGUUACCCGGACACGGUGCACGGCCUCUUCCGAGACCCUGGGGCCGAGUUGGCCCUGUACUUUUACUCGGCCAGCAACGACUCACUGUCCCGACUCCUCCGGGACGGCACUCUGACGUUGCCCACAGAAAGCAAAGCGGAGCUCACCGCGUUCCUGACCGUCGCCAUCAAGACCAGGUUGCUGAUGCUCCAACCGUACUUGAACCAGUGGCCGCAGGCGAUCGCCUUGCUGUCCAAACCGUCCAACGCGCCGCAAGCCCUGUCCAACCUGAUGACGCUGGUCAACGACGUCUGUUACUACGCGGGCGACCGGUCCAUAGACACUCGAUGGUACACACGGCGUAUAGGGUUGGCCACUAUUUACAAAUCCAGUGAACUGCAUUUAUUGCAAGACGGAUCGCAAGGAUACGAUGACACGUGGAAAUUUGUCAGAAGAGCAGUCGAGGAAUGCGUGAAGUUGGAUACAAUGCUCGAGAGUAACGCUCAGCUCGCCAAAGACGUCGUCACAGCAUCAGUGUCUACGGCCAAAAACAUUCUGGGACUUACGUGGAACAGAUAA